GUAUGAAGAUAUAUGUAAUUAUAUGAGAUAUCCUUGCCACAAACAAAUCAUGAUAAUAAUUAAAUAAACACUUUCUUUCUUUAACAUUGGCAAAUACUAGUAAAGGGCAAAAGUGGAUAUUAAAAGGAAAAUUUUACAGUUAUUAUUUGGUAAAGGUAACUCCAAGUUUACACAAGUAAAUUAUGCCGCCGCCGAAAUUGACCGAAUCCGCGUUAAUUGUCGUUAUUACUCCCUAUUUAUGGACAUUUUCACUGUUCGCAGUUGUGAUGCCACCAUUUAUGAUAUUGCGUAGAACACCAUCCCAUCGGCUUGAGUUUUGUAUUAUUUUCGCUGUAUAUAUACUGUUUCAAUUGAGUAUAAGCGUCUGGGCCGAAUAUUUAAAUAGUGCGAAGAUCAGUAAUUUUGUGCACAGGAACUCUAUGGAUAGUGUGACUUAUGUUUUAAGUCUUGGUAUCAAUAUCGUACAACUCAUAGUGCAAACAGUUAUCUAUACUCAAGCAUUAACCGGAUACCAACUACUUCAGAGCCUACUUGAUAGCGUGAUGCAGCUAGAAUCGGAUGUAAGACUGCAUUGUUCAGCUGUGUUUACGUUCUGCUCUAUGCGCUGGCGAUUUCAUAAGCGUAUAGACGCUUGGUUAAUGAUAGUUUGUGUUUUUCUGCCGCAACUGACUUAUACCCUCGGCACGACUACACUAACAACACUUUCUAAAUGCAUAAUUGUGUUUUGCUCCAUAUUGAUUCAAAUGAAAGGAGUUGAAUAUUGUGUAUGGGCGCAAAUAAUACAGGAGCUGUUACACCUGGUGCAGCAACAGCUGAUACAUUUGAAACGAGAACUGGUGCGCUGUAAGAGAAUGGAGCUGCGUUGUAGUUUGUUCGCUGAAUUACAAGCCAAUCAAAAAUUGCUGGCUCGUGUCUGGGACCUACUCAAUCGAAUGGAGCGCUUUUUUUGCAUUCCAAUAUGUAUGCUAUUCUUUUAUAAUGGAUUUUUAAUGAUACAAACCAUACAUUGGGGCUAUAUUAAUUUUGAACUUGAUGAUUUCAAGCUUCGCUUAUAUCGCAUUUGCUACAUUGCCAUGUUGGUUUUUUCCUUGUUUAUACCCUGCUACCGGAGUCAGUGCUGCAUUGAUGAGUACAAUCGAUUCGGUACAAUAUUACAUAAAUUGAAAACUGUUGGGAUCGAUGAACAACUGAAUAUGCGUGUACAGGAGUAUUCGCUUCAACUGAUGCAUCAAAAGAUGCUCUUCACUUGCGGUGGUCUCUUUGAUAUAAACUUGCAGAAUUUUGGAGCGACUAUCUUGACGAUUGCCACUUACAUUGUUAUACUAAUUCAAUUCAAAUUACAAGCUGAAACGGGAAGGAAAUCGAGACUUGAAGCGCAUAUUGAAUAAAGAAAAAAAAAAUUAAAUGUAAUUUCCUUAUUAUUAUUUAUAUAAUAAAUAUAUGAUAUAAUAUUAGC